AUGUUGUUACGAUUACUUUUGCAAAUAAUGGUGAUGACGUCAUGUUCCCUCACAGCCCCUGCGUCGGAUCUGCCAAAGAAGAAAUUUCCAUCGGCAAUAAUUGUCGGUGUGAAGAAAGCUGGCACCAGAGCACUUCUUGAAUUCCUGCGAUUAAACCCGAAUAUUCGAGCACCGGGACCAGAAGUACAUUUUUUCGACAAGAACUACCACAAAGGAUUGGACUGGUAUAGAGAGAAAAUGCCGUUAACCACCCGAAAUCAGCUGACAAUCGAGAAAAGUCCAGCUUACUUUCAUAGUAAAACUGCAGCCGAACGAAUUAGAGCACUGAAUCCGACUAUGAAAAUCGUCAUAGUGGUACGAGAUCCAGUGAUGCGAGCGAUAUCAGACUAUACGCAAGCCUCUUCAAAGAGGAGAACACUGGGAAUGAUGCCAACGUUCGAGGACAUGGCUGUGGGGGACUGCGCUCCAUGGUUGAAGACAAACUGUUCCUCCAAAGUGGGCGGAGUUAAUGUGGGAUGGGGAGCGAUUCGCAUAGGAGUUUACCACAAACAUAUGAAAAGAUGGCUGGACAACUUUCCAUUGGAGCAGAUCCACAUUGUUGAUGGAGAACGUCUUGUUGCACAACCAGCCCUGGAAGUCAGCAGAACGGAACGAUUUCUUGGACUCGUGCCAGUAGUGAAGCCGGAAAACUUUGGUGUCGAUCCGAUUAAGAAGUUUCCUUGCGUUCGCCGUCCGGAUGCCACCCUGCAUUGCUUAGGAAAAACUAAAGGAAGAAAGCAUCCGGCCGUUCGAUCGGAGGUCUUACGACGACUCUAUCGAUUCUUCGAGCCAGAGAAUCGGAAGUUCUUCCAGCAGAUUAAUCGUUCGUUCGCCUGGUAG